AUGCGCUGUUUACGAAUUGGCUGUCGGCUUGAUUGUUGGAGAGCUUCCCUCCUCGUCACCACCACCAUCGCCAUACUCCACUCUAAGCCUUCACUGUUACUGGUAGAAAGGGUGUUCGAUCAGGCGCCCCGUUCGUGUGACAGCAAUCCCAUCUGCCGCGAUCGCCGUGCUCGUGCUCGUUCCCGCAUCAUUCGCAGAGCAGCUAGCCUCAUCCUCUCUUCAACUCUUCCUCGCAUUCAUCUUUUGCAACAAGUAUCAGCACACAUCCGCGGCAUCCCAUCCAUCAUGUCAAGGCAAACUCUCUCGGCGGUGCUCACCGUAGCGCUGCUCGCCCUCACCCUCCUCCCCGACCUCACUUCGGCCCAGGAUGCACUCACAUUCCAAAACGUCACCUCCCUCAUGGGCACCUGGUCUUCCGGCUCCCAAAACGUCACCACAGGCAUCGAGUUCUUCAACCCCAUCACGCAAGAAUUCACGCUUCCCGCCACCUCCGGCAUCUCGUACUCCUUCACCGACGACGGCUACUUCGAAGAGUCGCGCUACCAGUUCGUCUCGAACCCGGUCACCAACCGAUGCUUCAAGGCGUCGUUGAUCUGGCAGCACGGCACCUACGCCUUCCACUCGAACGGCUCCAUCACCCUGCAACCUUACCCCGCGGACGGGUACAUCCAGGUGUUGGAUCCGUGUGGCGCCCAAACCAGCUCCAUCUACCGCUACGCCGAGUUCGAACUCAUCAGCAGCUGGUACAACUUUCAGGACGAUCAUCCCGGGUUCAUGGCUAGCGGCACUUCGGCGUAUGCGCUUCAGCUGAGCCAGUUCGACGGAGCUAAGCUACCAAUGCUGUUCCUCAGGAACCGUCCGCCAAACAUGCUACCGACCAAACAGCUCUUCCAGCAAGUGCUCAACGAUGCCGGAGCGUAA